UCUCGUCUCCUGUUUUAUUACAAGGUCAACUUCUGGUCACUCUCUCUUCAACUUAUUAAUCUUAACUUUAUUUCUAAUUAUUUAUUAGAUUCUGAUUUCAAAUCUAAACCCAAUAAAAUAAUUCUCACAAACGAAACUUCAAAAUUCAAAAUAAAUAAUAAUAAAAAAAUAUCUGAAAACCUCGGUUUCGUGAUCACACACCUUACAUAGAAGCUUCUUUCUACUUCACUAUAAAAUCUAAUUGAUCUCGCAUCACUCAAAACCUCAAAUCAUCAACGUGUUCUUAGCUUUGCAACAAUGGCGUCGAUGAUCAGUUCCUCUGAUCAAAGACUUUCAACAAGCAAGAGACGUCUGAAGCCAUUGAUGUUAAGAGAUUACUUACUCGAUGAUCUCAGUUCUUGUUCAUCCAACGGUUUCAAAUCUUUCCCACGUCGUCAACCUCCUUCUUCAACUUCCUCCACCGUUCGUCGUCUCCUUGACGCCGAGAUCAAACGGUCAGGAUUGACCCAUCAGCAUCAUCAUCGUAAACAACCUCGUCUCACAAGAAGAUCAGGCCGUACAACUUGUGGGACAGCGAUAAGUCACGCUGUUCAUAAAGCCUCCACGGCUUUCCUUAACGCUGUUAGACUUUUGCCGUUUCCGUCUUCUAAGGGAGACAAUAAUAAUAAUAAACAAAAUGGCGUUUUGUCCAGAAGCUUGUCUAAACGGCUUUUAAGCAAAAGCUUUUGGAGAAAACCCUUAGGUCAUUCUCGCCGUGAAGUAACAGGAUACGGAGAUGGAGUGAUCCAAUGGUGGAGAUCUGUCGCGUUCGAAGAGAGUUUAGAUCAACCGUUCGAUCUGAUCAUCUCUCAACUCUCCACCACCGUCGUGGAGGAACCAACAUUCUCAAUAUCAGCAGCUCCUAUCACUACGACCGGGGAGGAGUUUAUCUCCGGUGACUCAUCGAGUUCCGGUAGCGAGUUUUUCACAAACUCAUCAUCGGAAGACGUUGUACAAUCUUCUUCCUCGUCGUUCUCUUCGUCGUCGAGUGGUGAAUCUGAGGAAGUAUCGAACGAAAACGACGCCGUGGAAGACGGGAAUGAGAGCGGAGAGUGUUUAAACGCACAUGACUGUGAGGAAUCAUCAUCUGUCAACAGCAACAACAACAACAGCAUGUGUAACAGAAAGGAAUGUGUGAAUGAAGAAAAAGAACAACUUAGUCCAGUAUCAAUCUUGGAAUGCCCUUUUAAAGACGAUGAAGAUGAUGAUGAUGAUGACGACGAUGAAACCACCGACCAAAUUGAUACAUAUGAGAAAAUUGCUAGAAAAAGCAGGAGAUUAAACGGUUUGGUACGGCUUGAGCCACUAGACUUGGAGAAACGCAUAGAGAAUUAUGUAGAGAGACAAGAAGAGUACUCAUUUCAGUCAUUGGAAACCGAAGACGAUGAAUCAGAAAAACGCGCAAACCGCUUGCUUGCUCUAGUGAAUGAGAGGAUUGGCGAAACAAAUGACCUACUAGCUUCUCAUGUAGCAGAUAAUCUAUUGUUAGAUUAUCUUCAAGAAGAUGAUAUUGGGCCAAAAGAGGAGUCAUUGAUGGUGAAGAAUGUAGAAGAUUGGGUUAUGGGGAGACAAGAAGAGAUGUUUACGAGUUGGCAAGUGAGAGAGAAGAGAGAUAUAUACGUGAAGGAAAUGAAAUGGGGUUGCAUUAGUGGAGAUGAGAGACAAAGUGUGGUUGAAGAUUUGGCUAGUGGGUUUUUCACUUCCUUGGUGGAUGAAUUCAUCUUCGACAUCGCUUCGUAAUGAAUUUUAGUUUUUGGGAGGGAGUUAAAGAUUUUGAGUUUUUGUUAAAGAUUAGAUUUAUAAUGUAUUAGAUAUAUGUUACUUCAAUAAAACGAUAUGUAGUUUUGCUUCGUAUAAAAACUUAUGUAGGUCAUAUGUUCGAUUUCUUAAGUCUAGAAUGAGAGUUCGAGUCUAUAGUCAU